AUGGGUUCCAUCAGCCCCAACCCCACUACUGCUCGGUUAGACCCAGCUUUCACCACCCUCGCCUCCAAUCCAGAUGUUCGAGCUCGUCCCUUCUCAACAGUCGAGAAGCUACUCUAUCACUUCAAGACAGCCACGGCUCCCCUUGCAAAGGAACACCUUUCCAUCUACACAGCCUUGAAGUUGUCAUUCCCUUCUUCAGUGGCUGAUCCAGUCCCCCACAUCCGUACAGCAUGGGCGGCGACGGCAAAGCAUCAUCCACAGCUUGGAAGCGUCCUCAAUUUGCAAAACCACAGUCAUAAAUCUGGAAAGACUCCCGCUAUACUCAUACCGACCUAUGAUGCUGAGGAAUGGCUGGGCAAGGCUUUCCGAGUAGAUCACAAAGCAACAAAUGCCACAGCUCUUUUCGAAUUAGCUAAAGAUGAAGAAUAUGCGACUUGCACUUGGAUUCCCUUCUCUUCUCAAGUGCUCUUCCAAACGAGCCACUGGCGUAUGGACGGCGGUUCAGCAAUGACCAUUGCGGUCAAUUUCCUUCAUGUUGUCUCUCAAUCUCUCGCCAAAGGCACCGACGCCGCACUCGACAGUUUCACGUCCCCUGUUGGCGAUGGCAGUAUAGCACCAAACGUCGAUUGGAUCCUAGACGCCUUUUCCGACGAGGCCAGCACCCCAGACUACAUGCGAAAAGCUGCAGAUGCUAUGUACACUGAUAUGUUGGCCGGUGCACCCAGCGUGGCGCUUCCCCCACGAGAGGGAAGCGGUGAUGCCAUCCCCGGAGACUCCACCAGAGCCACUCUCAGUUUUGGUAAAGAGACAACGAGUAGAUUACUGGCAGGGAGCAAAGCCAAAGGUCUCACGAUAUCCCUCGCCACCCAUGCUGCCAUUAUUCGCUGUUCUGCAAGAUAUCCUCAACACCCGCUGUGCAAGUCUUAUGGGAGAUUUGCCCCCGUUGACAUACGCAAGAACUUCCCUUCACCAUACAAUACUCCCCAGUACUCUAUUGGUGAAUAUUGCGCUGCUUUCCCUGUCAUUGUCUUGGAUGUGGUAAAUGAGAACAAGACUUUCAAUCAAGUCUGUCAGGAGUUGCAAAAGUCGUAUGGACGUGCCAGAAAUUCUGGAUUCAAGGACGACGCGGGACAACCCGUGUCCACUGCUGAUCUUGGCGCUCCUUUCAUCAGAAGGAUUCUUGACUUGGUCAAUACCCCUCCACCUCCCGACAUGCCCACUGUUCAGGCUGUCGACUUUGCCAGUAUGGGCUUAGUAGAGAAGGUCUUGGAUCGCACGUAUCCCAUCUCAGGUGGACAGAGCGAAGGAGAGGUAGUGGUGGAAGACUUCUGGUUGGGAACGCAGAUGAUAGCGAAGGCUGUUCAGUGUCAUGGUUGGACAUUCAGGGAUCAGUUUGUGUUGACGGCCAGCUGGAAUAAGAGCUACUACGAUAGAGACUUCAUAGAGAGGUUUUUGGGAGAGGUGAAAGAAGAGAUGAUUCGGGGCCUAGAGGUUUAG